UCGCCAACAUGGCGUUCAUUAUUGCCAGUUUACUGUGCGCCCUUCCAGCUUUUUUGCUUCAUGAUGUCGUGACCGGAUUGAACGCCUAUCCGGGCUUUCCCGUCGCGCUCUCCUCCGGAGCUCAACUGAACCAUGGAUUUGCUGAAAUCCUUCGCGAUGGACUGGCCAAAAGUUUUCCAAAAACUUUCGGCCCUCCCAUGGCUGGAACAUUUCUUGUUGGACUUCCAAAACCUUUAGGCCCAGUUCCUAUUGGAGCAGUUGGUGGCUUUGCAAAACCUCUAGGUCCCGUUCCUCUUGGAGCCCCAGCGGCUGCAUUUAGUGCCCAAAUGAUUCCAAGAAAUUUCGGACCUGCUGUUGCUCGACCCGCACUUAACGUAUUUAGUGGGUUUCCAAAACCUUUAGGCCCCAUGCCAGUUGGAGCAUUUGGUGGAUCUCCAAAACCUUUAGGUCCUCUUCCUGUUACAGUAUUUAAUGCGUCUCCAAAACCUUUAGGCCCCCUUCCUGUUGGAGCAUUUGGUGGGUCUCCACAACUUUUAGGUCCCAUGCCCGUUGGAGCAUUUGGUGGUUCUCCAAAACCUUUAGGCCCCAUGCCCGCUGGACCAUUUGGUGGGUAUCCACAACUUUUAGGCCCCAUGCCCGUUGGAGCAUUUGGUGGGUCUCCAAAACUUUUAGGCCCCAUGCCCGCUGGACCAUUUGGUGGGUCUCCACAACUUUUAGGUCCCAUGCCCGUUGGACCAUUUGGUGGGUCUCCAAAACCUUUAGGCCCCAUGCCCGCUGGACCAUUUGGUGGGUCUCCAAAACCUUUAGGCCCCAUGCCCGCUGGACCAUUUGGUGGGUCUCCACAACUUUUAGGCCCCAUGCCCGUUGGAGUAUUUGGUGGGUCUCCAAAACCUUUAGGCCCCAUGCCCGCUGGACCAUUUGGUGGGUCUCCACAACUUUUAGGCCCCAUGCCCGUUGGACCAUUUGGUGGGUCUCCAAAACCUUUAGGCCCCAUGCCCGCUGGACCAUUUGGUGGGUAUCCACAACUUUUAGGCCCCAUGCCCGUUGGAGCAUUUGGUGGGUCUCCAAAACUUUUAGGCCCCAUGCCCGCUGGACCAUUUGGUGGGUCUCCACAACGUUUAGGCCCCAUGCCCGUUGGACCAUUUGGUGGGUCUCCAAAACCUUUAGGCCCCAUGCCCGCUGGACCAUUUGGUGGGUCUCCAAAACCUUUAGGCCCCAUGCCCGCUGGACCAUUUGGUGGGUCUCCACAACUUUUAGGCCCCAUGCCCGUUGGAGCAUUUGGUGGGUCUCCAAAACUUUUAGGCCCCAUGCCCGCUGGACCAUUUGGUGGGUCUCCACAACUUUUAGGCCCCAUGCCCGCUGGACCAUUUGGUGGGUCUCCACAACUUUUAGGCCCCAUGCCCGUUGGAGUAUUUGGUGGGUCUCCACAACCUUUAGGCCCCAUGCCAGUUGGAUCAUUUGGUGUGUCUCCCAAACCUUUAGGCCCCGUUCCCGUCGCAACUCCAUUUAGUGCCCAAAUUCUUCCAAGAUCCUUCGAAUCUGCCGUUGGUGAACCUCAAUUCCGCAGCUUGGACCUUGCCUCUCCUCUUAAGUUGCAACCAAGCGUAGGCACUCCUGGAACGGAUGCCGCACACAAAGAAUGCGAUUAUCCAACACCUAAAAACAGACACGAUGGCGCGAAUGGACCAAUGGUCGACGAGAUUUUUUACCAUCACCACGGUGUUCACAGCUUGACUCGUCCAGCUUUCCAAGUCGAUCCUGGAUUCGCCCCUCCCGAUAACGCCGAGUCACAUCCCCCUAAAGAGACAGACGGCACUCCUGCGUCGCAUGGAGACAUAGUCGAUCCAGGAUUUUCCCACGGUGGUUUCGCUGGAGGAUUAAUCGAUCCCGGAUUUUCUCGCCCUGCUUUCCCAGGUGGCUUUCCCGGAGAAUUAAUCGAUCCAGGAUUUUCUCAUCCUGGUGGAUUGCCAGGAGGACUUACUCGUCCAGCUUUCCACGGUGGCUUUGCUGGAGGAUUAAUCGAUCCAGGUUUUGCACCCCAUGGUUUUUACGGUAGCUUAAAUGGGACAUGGGGAUUAACUCGUCCGGCUUUCCCAGUUGGACCGAUGGUCGAUCCAGGAUUUGCCCCUGGCGGCGCCUUUAACAAAGCGGUAGUCAGCCCAUGGUUUUCUCUUGGUGCCACUAAGGAAGCACCAGUAUCUAAUGUGAUACAUGCCGAACUCGAAGAACAUAGUUCACCCUCUAAGGAACACGGGGUGCACCCAGGAUCAACUAAAGAAAAACAAGUUGAGGAGAAAAAACCCGCCGACAAACCUUCCAUUCACAACGACCACGGUGCCGAUCAAGAGUGUGCCCCUCACGGCGGUUUCGCUGGAGGAUUAAUUGAUCCAGGAUUUUCUCGACCAGCUUUUGAAGGUGGUUUCGCUGGAGGGUUAAUCGAUCCAGGAUUCUCACGUCCGGCUUUCCAAGGUGGAUUCGCCGGAGGAUUAAUCGAUCCAGGUUUUUCUCGUCCAGCUUUCCAAGGUGGCUUCGCUGGUGGAUUAAUCGAUCCAGGUUUUGCUCGUCCAGCCUUCCGAGAUGGCGUUAAUGCACUAGUAGAGCCAAAGACACAUAAGGACGAGCACGUUGAGGUGACAGAAACCAGUCCGGAAUCUCAUAAAACGAAACCUGCGCAGCACAACGACCAUGGAAAAUUAAUCGAUCCAGGGUUUACUCGUCCAGCGUUCCCAGUUGGUGUCAAUGGAGGGGCAGUGGAGCCAAAGUCGCAUAAAAGCGAACACGUUGAAGAGCCCGAAACCAGUUCUAAAUCUGAUAAAACAAAACCUGCUCCUCAUAGCGAUCAUGGUGGAUUCGCUGGGGGAUUAAUCGAUCCAGGAUUUUCCGGCCCAGCUGCCCACGGUGGUUUCGCCGGAGGAUUAAUCGAUCCAGGAUUUUCCGGCCCAGCUGCCCACGGUGGCUUCGCUGGAGGAUUAAUCGAUCCAGGAUUUUCCGGGCCAGCUUCUCACGCUGGUGCCAAUGGAGGAGUAGUAGAGCCAAAGUCGCACAAAGGCGAACACGUUGAAGGGCCCGAAACCAGUUCUAAAUCUGAUAAAACGAAACCUGCUCCUCAUAGCGAUCAUGGUGGAUUCGCAGGAGGAUUAGUCGACCCAGGAUUUUCCCACGGUGGCUUCGCCGGGGGACUAAUCGACCCAGGAUUUUCUGGCCCAGCUUCCCACGGUGGCUUCGCCGGAGGAUUAAUCGAUCCAGGAUUUUCCGGUCCUGCUCAUUUCCACGGCGGAUUCGCUGGAGGAUUAAUCGAUCCAGGUUUUGCACCUCCUGGUUUCCACUCCUUUGGAGGCACACUCAAUAAAGCGAUUGUCGCUCCCAGAGAGUCGCCUAAAGAAAAACACGCUGAAGGCAAGGAGGAGAGCUCAUCCUCUGAUAAACCGACUUCAACCCCAGCCACCCAUAACGAACACAAUGGACCGGCAGGGCUUACGCGUCCAGCCUUCCAAGGUGGUUUCGCCGGAGGAUUACUCGAUCCAGGAUUUUCCGGCCCAGCUUCCCACGGUGGCUUCGCUGGAGGACUAAUCGAUCCAGGAUUUGCUCCUCAUGGUUUUCAUUCAUUUGGAACCUUCAAUAAGGCCGUUGUCGCUCCACGAUUUGCUCCUCCCAUCGAAUCACCUAAGGAGAACCACGCUGAAGUCAAGGAGGGCUCUGAUAAACCGACCUCUACCUCACCUACCUAUAACGAUCACAUUGGGCUUACGCGUCCAGCUUUCCAAGGUGGCUUCCCUGGAGCGCUCACUCGUCCAGCUUUCCCCGCCGAUCCAGUAUCUCCGGGUGCCAUCCUCUACUUGAAUUCUCACGCAAAACUUCCUCCGGCCCUCGGAGGCAUGGUCCCUUUGGGUUGGAGGCCGCAAUCGACAAUCUUCGCAAUGGUACCGUCCACGUGGGGAAUCGGCCAAACGUUCCCUAUGCCACUCGUGCCGGCAGGCGAAACUGAAGACGACCAGAAGGACGAGUUGACGGUCGAUCUGGAUAAGUUGUUCCCCUGCGACAAAGCCACCCAGAUGACAGUUCUCAAAUUCAUCACCUCCUUGGACAGGGAAGGCGAACAAAAGCUCUACGAAGAUCUGAAAGGCUUGGACCUCGAGCAGCAGAAACAUCAUCUCCUUCGGUUGAUUGGAAAGACGGUCGACUACUUUGCUGUUAUUGACAACGGUCCUGAAAAGGUAAAUACGUUGAUUGUUAUCUGAUUAAGAAGCGACGUACGUCGGUGAUUGUACAAACUCGAAACAAAGUGUAACCUCGGCAAUAAAAGUAUGCUUACGUCAUGA